AUGAUCACUGCCCUCCCACCAUACCACCUCGCCAACAUGUCCGGCCACAUGCAAACCUCACAGCUUCACCGACGUACCUCUCGCAGCUCUGGAAGCCAAGCACCAUGCAGAUCAUCACGCGUUGAGAAGACAAAAAGCCACCACAACAGUCCAAAAGCCAUGGAGAGGAGGAAGACUACGACGGAGACCAAGCUUUAUGCUACUCUAGACGACCACUACAGGAUGAUGUUUGGCGUGUCACAGGAGGAGGAGGAAGAGCGGCCACAACAGAACAGACCAGUUAGCUGGCACCCGUCGUCGUCACAUUUCCAGGCUUCACAGCAAACGAAUUACUUCGAACCUAUGCCCCAUCAGCAAUGGUCACAACAUUAUUCCCCAUCAGACCGUGACUCUCACCACGGUUCUGAUUUCUACUCCCUGUCUACACGCAACUCCAUGUUCGAGCCUAUGACUGGUGCUUCGACUUAUGCCAACACCCAGUCAGAAUGUGGAUGGUCCCAACACACACCCGGCUACGUUCAUUCUUCGCUCAACACUCCUUCUACCGAAGCUUUGCCCUGGUAUCUGCAGCAAUGGGCCCAAAAGAACCAAGCACAGGCAUCUUCCAACUUCCUGCCUAUUCAACAUCCUGCUCAGCAAGAUCAAGAUAUGGAAGACGACGAUGGUGAGAAGCUUGUUGCAUUGGGCCUGUACGACGCACCUGAGCCAUCACUGAGUUGGGGCUCUCUCACUGAAGGAACAGGAAAAGGUCUCAAGCUUGAGGAGACUUGGCAACCACCGGAGGAAGAGGAGGGCGAAGAGGAGGAUGAUGACGCCAGCUCAGAGGCCAGUGUCGAAGAGCCAUCUCCACCUUUGCCGGCAGUGCAGCAGAGCCAGCACCUUCCUGUCCACGUCAAGGCUCAAACACCUGGCAACAUGGAGGGACAGAGCUUCUUCUUUGACGAGGACGAGUCGGUUACCAAGGAAUGGUGGUUUCAACAGAUGAAGCAGCCCACCAUGCCGGUGCGGGACGCCGGGCUGGGAUAUGGAUGGCUAUGA